UGGCUGGGCCGUAUCCAGGGUUUUUUCAAGCUGGCCCGAUCGGGGUUUCCUUGCUAAAAAACUGAAAACCCUAAAAACGAAUUUUAUCAAACUACCAGGUUUUUGGGUUACCGGAAACUCGAUCCCGGCCAGGGUUCGAACUCUGAUUUAUACUCUCACAAACAUGUCUGGACUAGUAAUUCUUCAGCGAACUCAUAAGCUAUACCAGGGUCGUUUUUUGAAAUUUAAAAAAAUUUUUAAAAUAGGAACAAUGAUUUCUUGUAUGGCCUGUGCUCAAUCUUUCCACACUUAUUGUGUUUCUAUUCACGAAAAGUUGAGUAUGACAAUAAUUAAAAGAGGAUGGCGUUGUUUAGGAUGUACUGUUUGUGAGGGAUGUGGAAGUGGGGAUGACGAGUCCAAUUUAUUACUCUGUGAUGAAUGUGACAUUUCUUAUCAUACAUAUUGUUUGGAUCCCCCACUAGAUUGUAUUCCAUUGGGUUCUUGGAGAUGUAAAUGGUGUUCAGCUUGUAUUAAAUGUAACAAUCAAAUAAAAACAUCAAAAGGAAAAUUACCAACAACAGAAUAUUUACAACGUUGUGAGGGUUAUUGUGAAAUUUGUUAUUCAAUGAAAAAAUGCCCAAAAUGUUUAUGUUUUUAUGAAAUUGGGGAUUUGAUGAUUAAAUGCCAGAGAUGUUUAAAGUGGUUCCAUGGCCGUUGUGAAGGACAUGGAAGUGAAGAAUCUGCAGAAAAUGCUGCUGACAAUGCAUUUAGAUGUUCAUUUUGUAGACCUCAAUCUUUUUUUGAUGCUUUAAACAUUCCUGUUGUUGUUGACAAUGUAAUGGUUAGUAAAUCGAUGGCUGAACAGUUAAAUGGUGGAAUGAAUAAUUUCCGUAGACUUGGAUUUAUUGGUGGUGGAAUUAAUGAAAAUAUAAGACCAUUGAUUUGUGAACAAGAUGAUGAAUUAACCGAAGAAAAUCAACAACAACAUUUUCGUGAACAAUUUUCUCCCUCAUCAAUUUUGUCAAUGCGUGGGGGACGUGGCGGUGGUGUGUGCAGUACAAAUAACAGUAUUUAUAUGAGAGGAGGAAUAGGCCCAGGACGUCGAGUUUUGAAAUUGGGAGUUGGAGGAUUUACUGUGAGACACACAAAAAGUGCUGCUGGAGGAGGAAUUAAUAGCCGUUCACAGUCUUUUGGUGGUUCUUCAGCUGGAUUCUCUCCUCAAUUAGAAGAUGAACAGGGGCAAAUUGAGGAUGAUAAAAGUUUGGCUUUGUUGAAUGCUGGAGUUACUUUGGGUGGAAAGCCGAGAAUGAGGCGUCCUAGGAAAUCUAGAAGACCACAAUUGGAAGAUGCUUAUCCUGCUAAUAUUCAGGAAUCAUUUUUUGGUGUUGCUGCAGUUGAAAGUCGUUUAUUAGCAGAACAAAAUGUUGAAGAACCUUUACUUGUUGAAUAUAAUAAAAUUUCCUCAAAUGUUUUUGAUGCUGGAAAAAUUGGGACAGAACUUUCUGAGCAUUCGGCUGAACUUUUACGAAACGAACAAGAAAUGGAUAUGUUAGAUGAUAUUCCUUUAGUUGAUGAUAUUGGUUUGGAUAUGGAAAGUUUAGAUUUUACUGAUUUGCUUGUUAAUGAGGAAGAAGAUGUUGCUAUAUCUUCUGCUAUUGCUGCUGAAAAUAUUGACUCUUUGGAUGGUUUCAAUGCCGGAAGUUCUUCAAGUUUAUUAACUAAUAAUGCUGUUGAAAUUUGUUCUCCACCAUCAGCGUCAACUAUUCGAACACAAUCUAGAAUGCAACAAAAUAAUAGUAUUGAAUCUUGUGUUACUCAAAAUGCUUCAAAUAUUUAUCAAACGGUCAAAGAAUCAACUCCAAAAUUAAUUGAAUAUCAAAGAUUGAGUGCAGGUGCUUUAGCCGUUGAACGUUGGGAAGAGGACGAACCACUUGGUGAUAAAGCAACAAAAGCUGCUGUGCUUUAUUCAAAUAUUCAACAUCCAAAUUUAAAAGAAAAGUUUCCUUUGUGGUCCGAUCGUGUUCGACAAAUAAAUAAAAUUUGGAGAGAAUUAAAUCCUGAAAAACGUCAAGAAUUUGUUGAAUUAGCCCGCAAAAAUCGUUUAAAUUGUCCUACACCUCGAAGACGAUCAAGAAGGGUUGUUAUAAAUCCAGCAACUCAACAACAGCUAUCUUUGGAACAUAAUACUUCUGAAAUAUCUCAAACUGGAGAUACUUCUAUUAAAAUUAAAGAAGAAGGCUCGUUGGAUGUUGCUUUCCGUGAAGAACUUUCAAUGACAGACCAAUUAUCGAACCAAUCGACAGGCGGUUCUUGUUCAUAUUCCAAUACUACAUUUAUUGGAUUGGAUAAAACAUCCGAAGAUAAGCAGCACCCACAAACAAUUCAACAACAAUCCUCAUCAAUUGACUCACAACAAUUAUAUUUUGAUGAACAAGGAUUAAAAUUAAAAGAAGAAUUGCGAAUUGAAGAAGAAAAAAUUGAAAAAAUGAAAAAAACAAAGAGGGCAUUAGCAGCAAAACAGAGACUUUUAAUUAAACGGCAACAAUCACAACAACAAGAAGGGGGAGGAGGAGCUGGAACUGGAGGAGCAUGUUCAUCUACAACAACAAUUCCAUCAUCCCCACAACUUUCUUCAGAAGAGUUGACAGCACUUCCUUUGCCACCAAGACGUGGAACUUGUGAUUUAGUUGAAGUUGAAGCAAAUUUAUUAGCUACAAAAAAUUGUAUACAAGAACAACAAAAAUUGGUGGAUGCUGGAAGACAAAAAUUGAAAAUGUAUUUAGGCAAACAACAACAACAAAUGAAAAAUAUUUUAAUAAAUAAACAAUUGGAGCAGCAACAUCAAAUAUUUUUACCUCCUUCAACAUCAUCACCUCAAUAUUAUUCAAAAUAUUUAAUUCAACAACAAUCAUCUAGUACAUCAAUUAAUAAUUUGUAUGAUAUUGAAGGGCAACAACAAUAUUUUAAUAAAAAUUCUGGUUCUUUUGAUCAGUCAUUAACAGCUUCAUUUCAACCAAUAAAACCAACACGUGGACGAAAAAGGAAAAAGCCUCCUCAUGAACAUAUUCGUUCUCAAAUUCUCGGCAAAAUAGUCUAUUCAACUUUACAAACACAAGAAGACAGGGAUGUUUAUGAUGUAAUUGAUGGACUUGUACAUACAGUUUCCAGUAAUUUUAAUAGUGCAAAUAAAGCAGCGGAUGCUCUAUUUAUUAAAAGAAUUUUGUUUUCUCAUCAGCAACAAGAACAAAAUUUGAAUUUGGCAACGAGAAGUAGUAGAGAUGGAGGAGAAUCUUGUAGAGGAAAGAAAAGAAGCCUUAAUAAGCAAAAUAAAUGCCAAGAAACUACUACAGAAGUGAAAAAUGAUUUUAUGAGGUGCCAAGACAGAAUAAAGGAAGCGUUAGAUUCAUUACCUCCAUUAAUAACAACAUUAGAACAAUAUAAAGAAUAUGAUCGUCAUAUAUUAAAAUAUCCUAACCAAAUUGGUAUGCCUGAUAAUCCUGGUUAUGCUGAAUUUUCGAAUAAAAAUGUUAAAGUUGGAGAAUAUAAACUUGAUUUUAUGAUUGAUUUUUAUGAUGAAUUGGAAACUAAUAGAGGCGAUUUUAUUGAAGAAGAAUUUUUUUUUGCUCCAACAAUGGAUGAAAUUUGUCAAUUUGUUGAUUUGGAUAUGCUUGAAAGGUUUUCUUUUGUUUGA